GCCGCGCCUCUGUGUGAGGAGGAGUGGCGGCCGGGGGCGGAGCGGCAGCUGCCAUGAGCUCAGCCGGGAACCAGCGGCGACCUGCCGUGGAGGUGAUGCUGCGGCCGGAGGAGCUCCCGGAGUCGCGGGCGGGGACGACGGAUGAGGAGAGCUGGGCUCGGCGCCUCGACCGCUGCCCCACCCCGCCGCCCAGAGAAGAGGUGAAGGCAUUGGAAGAGACGAUCGAAGAGCUGUUGCGGAGGCUGGACGAGUUCUGCGGGAUCACGGACGCGAUUAGAAGUGAUACAUCAGAGAUCCUGGAUGAGACCAUUCCUCUCAUUAAAGGCAAGGUGAUGGACAUGAACCACGUCUAUGCCAAAGUUGAUAAAUUAGAGGCGUUUGUUAAGAUGGUUGCGCACCACAUUUCCUUCCUAGAAGCACAGGUGCUUGAAGCAGAGAAGAGCCAAGGCACUUUCCUUAAUACUGUUUGCAAAUUAUUUCAACGUGCAACUGCCUCAUCACUUAAAAAUAGUCAGCCUCCAUCAGCAGCACGCUCCUAUGACCUGCCAAAGCUCUACCGAACAGAAGACUUUUUCCCUGUGAAUGAUGUAGGUACUAAAUAUCCAACUCAUUGACUUGGGACUAACAAAAGGUUUUUAAGGAAAGGCUGCUGCAGUUUGUUCUUAGGCUUCACACUUCAUGACCUUACAAAGAAGCAGCUGUUGCAUUUCAGAACUUAGGCUAGCAUCUAAUAAGGGAAGCAAAGAAUUACUGGUGAUUUUAUCACUAGUUGGAGGCUGGAACAUUAGUUCUAAGAUUUGAUCACAGUAGUUGGCCACUUACUUGAUAAGCUUCCCAUCAAUGAAGAAACCAUACAAAACCUCACUUAGUUUAGCUCCACAUUUUUGUAUUUAAAAUGCUGAGAAGGCUGAAGAGGGCCCUUAGUGUAGCAUUUUAAACCAUCAAGUAAUGUGCCAGUGCUGCCAGCCUCACAACUGCCCCAUGGUCAGAUUUUACGAGGGAAUGUGUCAAUGUCAGAACUUUUAUCAUUCAGUGCACUGCACAUAGCUGAAGCCUCCCAUGCUCUCUUUCCAGCCAGAGACAGGCUUUCACAAGCUGCUGUGUACUGUAACUUGAUGGUGUAAAUAAACUUUCUGCAAAGCUGUUCUGGA